AUGGCAUUCAAGAAGUUCAUAAUCCGAAGCUACGAGGGUCAUUCUGAUAAAGCUCACGUAGAAGAUCUUGAGAGAAGAUGCAAAAUAGGACCAUCAGAAAGCGUGUUAGUCACUAUGGGUGAUCCUAUGUGUAGGAUUCGAAACAGCCCCAUGUAUAUAAUGCUGGUAGCAGAGAUGGACAAUGAAUUGAUUGGUGUCAUUCAAGGCUUAAUAAAAAUGGUGACAGUUCAUAGUCAUCCUCCAAAAGAUAUGGCAAAGGUGGGGUAUGUCUUAGGGCUCAGAGUUUCUCCCCAUAGUAGAAGAAAAGGCAUUGGCUCAGGUCUAGUGCAUAGAGUAGAAGAAUGGUUCAGUUCCAAUGAUGUAGAAUAUGCAUACAUGGCCACAGAGAAAGAAAACCAUGUCUCGUUGAAUCUCUUUAUGAACAAAUUUGGCUACACCAAGUUUAGGACUCCAACUAUACUCGUAAACCCUGUGAAUUAUCACCCAUUUCAAAUCUCAUCCAACAUAGAGAUAACUAAGGUCAAGGUUGAAAAGGCUGAAUACCUCUAUAGAAGGUUCAUGGGAGCCACUGAGUUCUUCCCUAGUGAUAUACAGAAUAUACUUAAGAAAAAGCUAAGCUUGGGAACAUGGGUGGCUAACUUCAAAGGGGAUAGUGAUUUUGGUUUAGAUGGACAAGUUCCCAAUAGUUGGGCCAUGCUUAGUGUUUGGAACUGUGCAGAAAUCUUCAAGCUAAGGUUAGGGAAAGCACCUUUGUCUUGCAUGUUGUUCACAAAGAGUUGGGGUUUGAUUGAUAGAAUCUUCCCAUGCAUGAAACUGCCAACCUUGCCCAACUUCUUCAGUCCUUUUGGGUUCUACUUCAUGUAUGGUGUGUACCAAGAAGGGCCAUUCUCUGGGAAGUUGGUUAGGGCAUUGUGUAAGUUCGUGCACAACAUGGCUUCUAGGAGUGAACACUGCAAGAUUAUUGUGACAGAAGUUGGAGGAAGAGAUGAUCUGAUUCAUCAUAUUCCACAUUGGAAAUUGCUCUCAUGUCAGGACAUGUGGUGUAUAAAGGCUUUGAAAAAUGAAGUGAGUAACAAGUUUCAUAAAUUGACCAACGUUCCAUCCCCAGGAGCUCUCUUCGUAGACCCACGCGAGGUCUAA